AUGAGUCCGCCUUCUGCUGUGGAUGUUGAGAUGAAGGGGGUCACUGACACCUCCGCUGUGCCGAUCCCUGACCCUUUGACCCUCAAUGGUGUUCCUGCAUGGCGUGAGAAGAUGGCUCAGAUGCCCACUGGUGUUGCGCCGGCGUGCAGCAGUGAUAUGUUCAAGAGCCCGGCUUGCUACACCAAGCCCAAGGCAAAGCGUUUUGAUCACUUUUUGUCACUUGAAGCCAAGUCUCGCAAGGCUUCGACAUUGAAAACUGCCGCCAAAUUCUUGAAGAACCCGGGUAUGCUCUCUCUUGGUGGUGGCCUGCCCUCCUCCGAGUACUUCCCAAUCGAGCACCUCGAUAUCAAGGUCCCCACUCCCCCAGAUUUCACCCCGGAAGCUACCCAGAAGUCGGGCACUGUGCUGCAUACUGGAAAGCACGAUAUCAAGGAAGGAAAGAGCCAGUAUGAUUUGGAAAUUGCUCUCAACUAUGGCCAAGCUACUGGAUCUCCCCAGCUUCUCCGAUUCGUCACAGAACACACCGAGCUCAUUCACAACCCUCCGUAUGCGGAUUGGCAAUGCACCUUGACAGCCGGUAGCACAUACGCUUGGGAUACCGCACUCCGUUUGUUCACAGAGCGGGGUGACUACAUUAUGUUGGAGGAGUACACAUUCGCCAGUGCUGCUGAGACCGCUUGGCCGCUUGGCCUGAAGGCGCUAGCCUUGCCCAUUGACGAAGAAGGUAUUAUUCCCGAUGCCAUGGACGAGCUUCUCAGCAACUGGGAUGUCAAGGCCCGCGGCGCACGCAAGCCCUACGUUCUUUACACUAUCCCAACCGGCCAAAACCCUACCGGUGCUACACAGUCUGCUGAACGCCGCCGCGCCGUGUACAAGGUCUGCCAGAAGCAUGACUGUCUCAUCGUCGAGGAUGAGCCAUACUACUUCCUGCAAAUGCAGCCCUACACCGGCGAGGGAGCUGCUGCCCCUCCCCCACCCGCCACUCACGAGGAAUUCAUCAAGUCCCUUGUCCCCUCCUUCCUAAGCAUGGACGUUGACGGUCGUGUGUGCCGAAUGGAAUCUUUCUCCAAGAUCGUCUCUCCCGGUUCCCGUGUUGGUUGGAUCGUUGCCUCCGAGCAGAUCAUCGAGCGUUUUGUGCGUAACUUCGAGGUCUCUUCGCAGAACCCCAGCGGUAUCUCCCAGCUUGUCCUUUACAAGCUGCUAGAUGAGCACUGGGGCCACUCUGGAUUCUUGGAUUGGCUUAUUGCUCUGCGCAUGUCUUACACCGAUCGUCGCGAUGCUUUGCUACACGCUUGCGAGAAACACCUCCCCCGCGAUAUUGCCCACUGGGUGGCUCCCGCCGCGGGCAUGUUCCACUGGAUUGAAGUCGACUGGCGCAAGCACCCUGGCGUUGCAGCUGGUAAGAGCCGUGAUACCAUCGAAGAGGAAAUCUUCCUGUCCGCAGUCGAGCACUCUGUUCUCCUGUCUCGUGGAAGCUGGUUCAAGGCCGAUAGCUCAGCUGUCAUGGAGAAGAUGUUCUUCCGGGCGACCUACGCCUCCGCCUCCGGCGACCAGAUUGAUGAAGCAAUCUCCCGCUUCGCCACCACCCUGCGCGAACAGUUUGGUCUGUAG